AUGCAUCUUCUCCAUUUUCUCUUGUUUAUGUUGAACUUGGCCAGGGCUACUCCUGUAGCUCUUAAGGACUCUUCGCCCAACAGCUUUCUUAACUCCGAAGACGACUCUGUCCGUGUUGCUGAUAACCCUGAUUUCUUCGACUUAGGUAAUGGGAACACAGAGACUCUAAAGAGACACAAUAAGCGCACGGGCCCACCUUACCUCCUUGAGUACACGAAAUGGAAGAUCACUUUGGAACGACAAAAAGGGGACGAUCGAGACUUCAAGAGGCCGGGCUGGCUUAUCGGGUUUCGGGAGCCUUCUGUUCACUGGGGAGUCCCAGAGGGCCACGGUAGACCUUGGGAAUUCGUUAUUGCGCCAGGAGAACAUGGACCAGAGACAGUAAGGAACGUUUGGGAUGGAGACAUGUUUUACACUACCAACUCGUACUUUGAUCUUUUCAUCAACGGAAAGAAACCUCAGCCGACUCGCCGCACAUACACCGAAUAUACCGAUUGUAGUGCUUGGGAGAGGCAAGGAUACAAGUUCGAAAUCAUCAGAACCGAGAACGAUAAAUUGGCUCGUGAAAACAGAGCCGCCUGGUCUCUUCACAUAUUUACAAUCAACCACCAACUUAUUGCAUCUGCGAAGUCUUUGCCGAAAACUACAAGAGGCUGGGCUGUCAUAGGCAAGGGCAGCUUCGAUAACCUCAAGUUUAACACCCAACAGUCUCUUCCCGAGCUCCCCGACAAUGAAGUGCUGGUCCAGUUCCAUGCAGCUUCUCCCAACUUCCGCGACAUCAUGAUUGCCCAGGUAAACAAGCACUCCCAGGAUCAACCCGACUAA